GACAAGAGAACCUCUAUCAAUAAUGAACAGUAGUAAUGGCAGUGACUAUGUAAAUCUAUUAGAUAAAACAGUCAAUAGUUUUAGGUGAUUACAAACCAUGAGAUCAAAUAUAUAAACGGAGCAUUUGACUGAGAUCAUUAACUUCUAAUGACGAAAGAUACGCAGAUGAUAGUAGAACAGAACAUAUAUAACAUUUUGAAAUGUUAGUCAUUCUAGUGAUUUUUUGUAUCGGUGAAUUAACUGAAGGAUCAAAGAACGCUACUAUGAAAACCGUCAUACACGAUAUGUUUGACAACUAUGACAAAACACUCCCGCCAAGAUAUGACAAGGUUGGUGUCGACAAGCAGGUGGAGGUGAAAAUUAACGUUUUCGUUCAUUCAAUGUUUUCCCUCAGUGAGUCCAAAAUGGAAUAUUCAAUGAGCAUGUUUUUGAGAGAGCGGUGGCUGGACGAGCGUUUGAAAUAUAACAAUACCAUUAACAUCAGUCGGGUAGAACUUGACAAGUUCUAUUUUGAGAGCGUUUGGAUGCCGGACAUGUACAUUCUUAGUGAAAAAGAGUCGCAAUACCACGAUGUUACUGUUCCCAACAAAUUGUUACAUAUAUAUCCUGACGGCACCGUGCAAUACAGUGCAAAAGUGACAGGUAUUUUUUCGUGUUUAAUGUACCUAAAGAUGUACCCAUUCGAUACACAGACAUGUACAAUGGAACUUGAAAGUUAUGGUCACAGCACGGAGACAAUGAAGUUUGUUUGGAAUGAUAAUGCUAUCACAUUGGCCCCAGAUAUACAAUUUCCCCAAUUUUCUGUCAUAAAUUACAGCUAUUACAACUGUGAUAGGGACUACUAUGGAAUUAUCUACCCUUGUAUAGGCGUCCUGUUUAUCUUGGAAAGGCAAUAUACUUAUCACAUCAUUCAAAUUUAUCUGCCAAGCAUUUUGACCGUGGUUUUAUCGUGGGUGAAUUUCUGGCUGGAUUGUUCAGCUGUGCCGGCGAGGAUCACACUAGGACUUCUCACAGUGCUAACCAUGACAACACAAAGUUCUGCAGCUAGGGCAGACCUCCCGCAAGUCUCAUAUAUUAAAGCGAUUGAUGUAUACAUGGCACUUUGUUUAACAUUCGUCUUUCUUGGUCUUUUGGAAUUUGCAUUUGUCAACGUUUUAACAAGAGCUGGUACUAAAAGCGAUAAGUCUGAAACCAAUCUAGACGAGAAAAUGGUCGAAACUUCUAAACAACAACGUGAAUGCAGGUUAAAUAAUGUGAGCUCAACGUUUCAGUCAUAUGAGAAGCAGAAACAAAAUAAUUCAAGCCGGAAAUCAACUAGACCAGGAUUAAUUCCCUUCUUAUCAGUAUCACCACAUGGAAAUGUCAGUCCUAGUGCAGUUGAUAAAAUGUCGCGAGUUGCCUUCCCUGCCGCAUUCUUCUUGUUCAAUUUAUUUUAUUGGAUGUACUAUUUCGUUCUAGAGAGAUAAACAAUAAAGUAAUCCUAUUCUGAUAUUAAUUACUCUCUACUAUAAUCAUUAUUGGUUAAAGAGAGACAACCGUGGUGUAUCUUAAAAGAAAAUUCAAAGAAUAGAUUUUGUAAAAGUAAUGGACAUUUAACAGUUUACUUUAUUCUUGUUGUUUGUGUCAUUCAUGAAUGAUUCCAGUCAUAUUGAUGUUUUUAUUGUCGCUUAAAACUAUCAUAUUGAUGUUUUUUAUUGUCUCUUACAACUAUUUAUUUAUUGGAAAAAAAAAACUGAUUUCUUGACGGAGAAAAAAGUAAUUGUAUGUUAGAGAGAUAAAACAUUGUUUUUUUUGACACCUGUACUGUUAAUGUUUUGAUGAUUUAGUUGUUUUUAUUCUUGUUUUUGAAAGAAAAAGAAAAUAUGAUGUAAUUAAUUUCAGCUUUUAUGCAUGUCUUUUUUGUAAACUUUUUGAAAGAAAAAUUUUAUGAUUAUAUAUUAUUUCCAUUAUCAUUAAAUCUGAUGAUAAAUAUACAUUCACAUUAUUUUCGGCGAUCUAAACCUGUUUAUAUUGUAACAUUUGAUAUACUUUAUGUAAAGUAUAUACGACAUUACGAGAAUUUGCAUAUGCAAAAAGGCAAUUCUACAUUGUGAUUCAUUUGCAUAAUUUGCGCUAGUUACAGUGUCUGUCUGCAACAAUUUAGAAUUUGUUUUUUAUUUUAAUGGAACCUUCUCGUUAUUUCUGUUGUUCUUUUCCAAUGAACUGAACAAAUAUAAAAUGACCAUGUUACAUAAUAAAGUUAGUAGAAAAUUAUGUACAGGUAUGAUGUUUGAAUGGUUCACUUUAGUUUACUUAUUAAAAAUCG